AUGUUAUUAUCACUGGCCCCUCCUAACCACAUGCAGCAGAACGACGUAAAACCCCCCCAUGACUAUCCAAUCUACCCUAAACCGACACCUUCGCGAAUCUCACCUCCACCGUCUCCUCGCAACUUACCUCCAUUCCUAGAGGACUCGAGGAUGAACAACUCUCACCGAGGGUUGCCACCAUUACCUGCUGGUCUCCCUGGUACUCUCAGUCUUCCCCCUCCAGAACGAGGGCAUUCUACUGCUCCUCCACUCGGCCACCUCCCAGCUCCGCCUUCUCAGUGGGCUGGCCAGGAUGAGUCGAUGCGAAGCUGGCUCCAUGCAAAGGCUGAGGAAGAUCGCCGGAAGCAAGAGGAGGAGAAGACCCGGCAGGAAGGUCUGCGACUCGACCAAAGACGCAUUGAGCAGGAUAUGUUGCGAGAAUCUCUUCAAGGAGGGAUCCCUCCUCCGAUGGUCCCUCUGAUUUUUGCGGGCAUUGGUGGAGGGAACCUUCCUGCUCACACCUUGGAGUGGGCGCAACAGUAUCUAGCAAGUUUGACGAUCCAGAACCAGCAACAACAACAACAGAUUCAAGCCCAGCAGCAGCAAAUCCACCAGCAGCAACUACAACAACAGCAGCAGCAGCAGCAGCAGCAGAUGUCGCCAGAUAUUCACCGAGAUCGAAUUAUCCAGUCAAAUCCCUAUGCAGGCCAUCAACUACAGGCACCACCACCACUUCCCCAAGCACCUGCAAAUGUACAAGCCGGUCAGGGUCGCAGUUCUAUAUCUGGGCCAGCAACAGCUCCUCCUCCCGCACUCUCACGUCUCAACACCACCGAUUUCAUCCCAGGUUCGUUAGCAGGCCAGAGCGGCCGACAGCCCGUACAUACGAUGCAACAAGCGCAGACUCCUGCAGCUGAGCAACCGUCUGGACCAGGUCUAUUUUUCCAUCACUGGACGCCGCCAAACCCGUCCUCUUCCUCUGCGGGAAACCAGCCUCCGACACCCUCAGGCAAAAGCACGCACGGGUCGCCAUUCUCACAGCACGCAGGAUCACAUCUACGGUCGGAAUACCAAAACUCCCCGAAGAAACGGAAGACAGCAGGUGGGCAUGCCGUGCCCGUGCCCCCUACCUCACAGCCGUCGGAUCUAUCACAGCCCAUGUCGUCUCGGUCGUCCAGAGAACGAGAAAUGAGCCCAGGUCAUCGAAACAGGGCGAUGCGGCAUUCACGGCAAAACAGUGAUGCCUCAUCCCGCGAACACGAGUUGGGCAGUCGCAACAUUGCUCGACCGAGCAGUCGUCAACAGCGCAGGGAUGAGCUCAGCGGCGGAGCGGGGUCCAGCCCAAGAAGGAAAUUAACGGGCUCCUCUACGAGUGGAUCGAGCGAAGACAGUAAUCCUGCUCGGUAUGAGGGGUUAAAGUCUGAAACACGGUAA